GAAGAUCCAAACCGACAAUGGGCGCCUGCUCGCGCCAAAAAUCAAUAGGUUUUAUCUGGUGACGUCACAGAGUAGAAAAGCAUCCAUUGGCAGCCCGAUAUACUCAUCCAGUUAUUUAUUAAGGGUGCAUGAAUGGGCUAAAGCAAACUGUGAUAAAGCGGACUGUUAUAUCGAAGACAAUCGCCCAUCAAAAAUCAGUCAGUAAUUGAAUCGUGAUCGUUCAAACCAUUCGUGAACCGGUGUCGUUUUUGCAAACUGGAAAACUGGAAACAUACUGGAAAGGGUAACGCCUGAGCUCUCGAUUCCAUUCUGUUAUAUCGCGAUAUGUCAAACGGAGACGUUGGUACGAGUUGUUGUCUUCAAGAUGCCUCAGCAAUCGCGGGUUAGACCAACAUAACGAACACUAGUGUUAAAUUGUGGAAUGAUUGGCGAGGGAUAGAGCGAUGGAGGAAGGACCAGAUUUGUCUCAUCUUACACCCGAGGAGAGGGCCAUCAUUGAGUCUGUCAUGGUCCGACAAAAACAAGAAGAGCAAAGGGAACACGAGAUCAUGAGGAGAAAAGCCGACGAAGUUCACAUUCUGGAGGAAACAAUCAGGGCAAGGAGCGAGCAACACAAAAAGGCUGGAAUAGAGUUGGACGCCACAUGUCACGUUUGCCUGAAAACUAAGUUUGCAGAUGGUGUCGGCCAUCUGUGCAACUAUUGUUCCAUCAGAUGUUGCGCUAGAUGUGGAGGCAAAGUUACCUUGCGAUCGAAUAAGGUUGUGUGGGUGUGUAUACUCUGUAGAAAAAAGCAAGAACUGCUGAGUAAAACAGGACAAUGGAUAAUGGGAGGGACGAACACAUCAGAAACUGACACACCACAAAUACAACAAGCACCUUCAGACAAGAGGCCAAAGUUAGAGAGAGCUCAUUCGGCAGCAGAAAAAGAAAACUUACCUUUGCAACGAUCUGGGAGCCAGUUACGAAGGCAAUACUCGGAACAAGAGAGGACGUCAUCUUGCGAAAGAUACCAGCAGCAGUACAACGAAGAUGAUCCAUUGUAUUAUAGAGGGGAGCUGGAAGGACUGAUGAGGACUCAUCCGCAUCUAGUUCCAAGAAUAUAUCCCGACCAAGAGGCCGAAUCCACGGCAAUGGACGCCUCCACGCGAAGGGUACAAUCGACAAUAAGUGCCAACAAGAAACACAAACGAAGCAGUUCCACCAAGAAGCACCAGAACAAUCCGCAAAACCUACAUCAGCAACACUCGUUCUCCAGCUCUGAGGAGGAUCUGAAAUCGACCCCAGAGUAUGGUAGCGACGAGAGAGAUAGCGAGAAAGGGGCCCAUGAAGAAUGGCCACCCCUUAGCCAUUACAUCAUGGCACCUCAUCACCGUCCACUUCAAGAUGUCACAGCAGACAAUCGUUGCUUCACAGAACGAAGAAAAAAAACCGUCAGGUUUGACCACCACGAGGCCUGGAAUCAACAGACUUCUCAGGAUUCUCACAGGGAUUCUGGGAUUGACACUUCUUCUAACUUCACGUCCAGCGAAGAUUCAACCAGAGAUCUGCCCAAGCAGCCUCUUCUCUGGCAACUAUCUGAAGAUGGACAAAGAGUAAUAGGUCAUAUGAUAUUGAAGAGAGAUCUCAGAAAUAAUGCCAAAGCCUUGCUCGGCUUGAAAAUUGUUGGUGGAAAGAAAAUGGAAAAUGGUCAGAGGAGUGCUAUAAUACAAAAUGUUAAAAAAGGUAGCAUAGCAGAUAUUGAAGGACAGUUACAACCAGGCGACGAAGUGAUAGAGUACAAUGGGAUCCCACUUCAAGGCAAGACAUAUCAGGAAGUAGCCGACAUAAUAGCGGAAAGUAAACAGGACACCACCGUAGAACUGAUCGUAUCCAGAAAAUUCAAAGAGGAAUCUCACAACGGGAUGUGGAAGCAGUGUUUGAACAGUCAAGGUCAAGCGGUCUACUGGCAGCAGGAAGGCGACUACGGCGAUCGGCCUAGCGUUUUGGUCACAUCGCCUGGCAGCCCGGAGAGGGUCAGGGCGCCUCAGCCGGCCCUGGCUCCCAGCGUCGGCGGCAGGAUCCAAGUCAGGCUGGCUUACGACUCGUCCACACUGCAGUUGUUAGUCACGAUCGUAUGCGGCGCUGGGUUGAGUCCGCGCGGUCAUCAGGGCAGGAACCCCUACUGCAAGUUGUUUCUGUUGCCGGAUCGGUCGGAGAAGUCGAAGAGGAGGACGAAGACCUUGGCUGGUACUAUCGAACCAAUCUGGAACCAGACUUUCAUAUACUCCGGACUACGCAGAUCCGACCUGACGAUAAGAGCUCUAGAAAUCACAGUAUGGGAUUUGGUUCCUCAUGGUGCCAACGAUUUCUUAGGAGAAACAAUUAUAGAAUUAUGGCCUUUGGAUGAGAAUCCGAUGUGGAGGACUCUUGGACCCCACGAAGAGGUGGCACUGACACCGAGUGAACAUCUAUCGCCUCCAAGUACAGGAUCAAGAUUUUCGGACUCGGAUACGCCUUCUGAAUGUGAAAUUGAGGGUAAUAGAGAGAGGAGAGGAGCUGAUGGUACCAGUGUUAGUAGUGUAGGUAGUUCUAAUAGUCCGCCAAGGGAGAAUGACAGGAGAUCCAGAAGAGAGCAGGAACCUGCGACGAAUUAUGAUCCACGGAGCUAUAAAAAGAACACUGUAGCAGGCCAUCGUUCCCACUCAGCAGCUCCGUGCGAGUCACCCAGCUAUCACAUGUCUAGAUCCAGGUCCAAAUCUCCUCGUCGGACUAUGAACGACCACAGAUCACUCUCCCCACCAGACGUCCGCGUGGUAGACUGCCAACCAACCACAUACAACGUAUCCAGAUUCCAGUCGCGUUCGGCGACAGCGACACCUACCGGAUCUCCUAAGAAGCGGCAGCUUCCCCAAGUACCACACGCGUUUGGCCGUGCCUUGCAGGAACGAGUAGCACAAGAUCUGGACGACCGCAACAACAGGCAUAGAAUGAGGUACAACCAAUCGUAUAGGAGCACUGGUUCGGGGUGGGAGAGAAAGUACAGUGGGCUGAGUGACAGUGAUCUGGCCAAUCACACGCGGACUACCUUGAGAUCUCUCUCUCCCGAAAGAGACAGAGACCCUUUAGGCUUUGCUGACUUUGAUAGUGAUAUGGAGUCGGUAACGAGUAGUGCUUUUUCCACGCAAUCUGAAAGACCAUUAGGAAAUAGAGCUUAUAGCAGUUACUACCAACACCACCAUCACAGUACGGAAUACCCAAGCAGCAGUAACAGAUACAACAGGAGUACCUAUCCAGAAAAUAGGGGUCCAUCGAAGCACAGGGAGUAUAGGGAACAUAGGGAAUACAGGGAUCACAGGGAGUACAGAGAUCAUCGAAAUCAAGAAUACAUGGACCCUGUGGAGACUUUGAACCAGAGAAAUGAAGACCACUAUCAGAGAGCCUCUUACCAUCAGUACCAUAGCGAAGGAAGUGUCAAAAGAGGACAGUUCACUAGGAGUUUGUCGAAUUCUGAACCAACAACGGAUGAAAAGACAGAUGGUAGUUUGAGCGAUACCGCAGUAGUGACCAUGAUAGAACUGGACAAACCUUCGGAAAAAAUCAUGAGGAAGGAUAGUCAAAGAGAUAGGAAUAGAGAUAGGCAAGACCAACUGAUGGGUCUUGGCAAGAAGAGCAGUUCCACGAGUCAGUUAUCAGCGACAGGUCGCAAACGAAGAAUGGGUUUUGGAAAACGCGGAAAAUCAUCCUUUACGGUGCACAGAUCUGAAGAAGUGCUUCCAGGAGAUGUUAAGCUCUCCAAACAAGGUUCAUCCUGUUCUAGCGAUGGAGAAGGUUCAGCAGACGGUGAUAGGUGGUCCCCAUCAUUAAGGUUAGCUGCUGAGGGUGGCCAAUUAGCUGAAUUCAUCGAUGGACUUGGACCUGGACAGCUGGUGGGAAGGCAGGUUCUGGGCGCCCCUGCUUUAGGAGAUAUUCAACUGUCAUUGUGCUACCAAAAAGGACGUCUAGAGGUGGAAGUCAUAAGAGCCAGAGGUCUGCAAUCAAAACCAGGAUGUAAAAUAUUACCAGCACCUUAUGUGAAAGUGUAUCUAGUGAAUGGCAAGAAAUGUAUAGCAAAGAGCAAGACUAAUUCAGCAAGAAGGACUUUGGAUCCUUUAUAUCAACAACAGUUGACCUUCGUGGAAAAUUUCACUAACUGUAUAUUACAGGUGACUGUUUGGGGUGACUACGGACGAAUAGAGGGUAAAAAAGUGUUCAUGGGCGUUGCGCAGAUAAUGCUCGACGAUCUCAACCUGAGCAAUAUAGUGAUAGGAUGGUACAGGCUCUUUGGAACUACUUCACUGGUUAGUGGAUCACCUUCGUUCGGUCUAUCGCGCCGCAGCUCCAUGGCUAGCUUAGAUUCACUCAAGUUGUAACCUUAACCCCUCCCCUCCUAAGAUGUGUUAACUAAUUUUAAGUGAGAAUGGAAAACUUCAAUAAUUUCUUCUUUCUGGAAGGAUAAAACAAUUAUACUAAUGAACAUCAAUACUUAUAUCAUAUCUUUAAUAAGUUGAAGGACUAAAAUUAUUGCUCGAAACAUUUUCACAAAAUAUCGAGAAAAGUACUAGGACAAUAUUAAAUAUCACGUACGUAUGAUAGAUCUUUUUUUUUAUGAAGUCAAAAAUAUUUUGGGGCAGUUCGCAAUUUAUUUCUCGAAAAUAUUUGGAGCAAUUACCUAUAUUUCCAUGUAUGAAACCAAUUGAGUGAAUGCUCUUCACCAAAACUGUUCGAAUUUUAUACAUCAAAAUAGUUAACAAUAUUCUGAAAAGCUGAUUCUUCUGAUAGUUUGAAGUAGCAUAAUCUCUAGCUAUAUUCGAUAGUUCAUGAAAAAAAUCUGAUAGAUAUUACGAAAAAAUUAUGGUACUCAAUAUGAAAUCACAAGACUUUCAAACCUAAUUUUUUCUCGCUGAUUAUCUUGUCUUUGCGACCUUAAGGAUUGACCAGAAGAACAUAAAAUCUGGUCUUAAAUCUUAAAUUACUCAACUAUUUUGAUCGCAUUCCAUGAAAAUAAUUAUAACACAAUAAAAUCGGACUGAAUUGAAUGAGAAAACAUAUUCGAAAGUCAGUUAAUCAAAGUUUAUAAAUAUGAAUUGCCUUCCAACAAAAAUUUAAUAUUCAUUUCAUAAUUUGAAUUGAAGGGCAUGCGAUGUAUCGACUUCUGUACGAAAAUAAGAAAACUUGAGCAAGAAUCUGCUGGAGAGCCCUUAUAUAUGAAUGCUUUAUUGGAAUUGAAAAAUUGACAAUUGCUUUUUUACAUGAUAACUUAGAACAUGAUCUAGAUCAUAUUGAUAGAUCUACUAUAUGAAUUAAAUAUCGGAAAUUUGGUUCAAAAUACCAUUCGAGAGUUUCCACCUCAACCCAUAAACCUAAACAAAAUCCAUAACUGAUCAAAUUCAGUGCACUCCUUGCAUGUUUUCAUACCGAGAAAAUACUAGUUGUUUUUAUUAAUUUCUAAAUCAGUUUUAUUUUUGAGUCCGUUGAUCCUCUCCAAGUAUUUGAACCAAAUAUUUGGUAUGCCAGUGUAUGGUCGUUUACUGUACCUACCUAUAAAUAUAUCAAAAAUUAUUAAAUCCUAUGAUUGUUAACUUGCAUGUGAUAAAGAAAUUUAUGUUGGCUGUUGACUCCGCUUAGACUAUUAAAAUACCUUUGUUGUAUAUUUUCA